GUAAACAAGCUACAGGCAGCUAAAACAGAAACGGGAUUUGGCAUUUUUUAUCAUUUAAUUAAUUUGUUUUCGAUUUAUGAUAUAAUAAAGGAAUUACUCAAUAAAGGUAGACUUUUUGAGAAACGAAAAAUUUAAGAGACGCGUCGUAAAAUCAUAAGCUCGUUUGCAAGUAAGGAACAAACAAAAUGUCGGAGUUGUUGGCAGAUGAGGUUUUCAAGGAUCGUGUAAGGAUUUUUCAAGAAUAUCUUGAGCACGAUUCCGACGAUACGAAUGCUACGCUUUAUCAUGAAGCAAUUCUCAGAAUGCUGAACAUGGCACAAAGACGCUUGAUUGUUAACAUCGAUGAACUUCGAGAUUACAAUAAAGAACUAGCUGAUGGAGUCCUUUAUCAGCCAAUGGAGUUUGUCGAACCUUUUAAUGAAGCUCUCCAGGGAGUAGUUAGUACACUAAUUGAUCCUAUCGUUCACAAAGAUAUUAAGGAUAAACCAUUUUAUAUUGGAUUUCGUGGUUCUUUUGGUGAUCUACAUGUUACGCCUCGUACUUUACGGGCUUUGCAUUUGAACAAAAUGAUUUCACUAGAAGGAAUUGUGACAAGAUGUUCAUUCGUUCGUCCUAAAGUUAUAAAAUCUAUACAUUAUUGUGAAGCAACGAAGCGUCAUCAUUUCAAACAGUAUGCUGACUCCACAAUGAAUGGUGGACUUUCGUUUCAAUCCACAGUCUAUCCAACGCAGGAUGAAAGUGGUAAUCCCUUAUCUAUUGAAUUCGGUUACAGUACUUUUCGAGACCAUCAGACGAUUUCACUUCAAGAAAUGCCCGAACGUGCACCACCGGGUCAAUUGCCUCGAUCCAUUGAUAUUUUACUCGAUGACGACUUGGUUGAUACAGUAAAACCUGGUGAUCGAGUACAUAUUGUUGGACAAUAUCGUUCAAUGGGCUCAAAAAAUUCUGGAAGCACAAAUGCUACGUUUCGUACCGUUUUGCUUGCCAAUAACGUUGUUCUGUUAACAAAUAAACCAGGCAGUGGAAACGUUGGUGGAGGUGCCUUGACGAUUACGGACGCUGAUAUUCGUAAUAUAAAUAAGCUGGCUCGAAAAAAGAAUGCUUUUGAGCUUCUUUCUACAAGUUUGGCUCCCAGUAUUUACGGGUUUGAGCAUAUUAAGCAAGCAAUUUUGCUUUUACUCUUGGGUGGUACAGAGAAAAAUCUAUCUAAUGGCACACAUAUCCGUGGUGAUAUCAACAUCUUAAUGGUGGGUGAUCCCUCAACAGCAAAAUCCCAGCUAUUGCGAUUUGUGUUAAACACAGCUCCUUUAGCUAUCGCAACUACUGGCCGCGGUUCGUCAGGUGUUGGUCUUACAGCUGCCGUAACCUCGGAUAGAGAGACUGGUGAACGUCGUUUAGAAGCCGGUGCAAUGGUUUUAGCUGAUCGGGGAGUUGUUUGUAUUGAUGAAUUUGACAAAAUGAGUGAUAUCGAUCGGGUUGCUAUUCAUGAAGUAAUGGAACAACAGACGGUCACUAUUGCUAAAGCUGGUAUUCAUACAUCUUUGAACGCUAGAUGCAGUGUUGUAGCUGCAGCGAAUCCCAUCUACGGCCAAUAUGAUAUCCGAAAAGAUCCUACUAAGAAUAUAGCAUUACCGGAUUCUAUGCUUUCUCGUUUCGAUUUAUUAUUUAUUGUUACAGAUGAUAUAGACGAUAAGAAGGAUCGUGCCUUGAGUGAACAUGUUUUGAGGAUGCAUCGUUAUCUACCGCCGGGUGUGGAGCCUGGCACUCCGGUGAGAGACUCAUUAAAUUCGGUACUUAAUGUUGGUGCAACAAAUACUGCAGGUGUUUCAGCUGGAAAUGGAGAUCAAGAAUCGGAAACACCAGUUUGGGAAACAUUUUCAAGCCUGCUACACGCAAACGCUCGAACAAAACGAAAGGAAUUGCUGAACAUCAACUUUGUUCGUAAAUAUAUUCAGUAUGCAAAAUCUCGAAUUAAUCCAGUCCUUAAUCAGGCUACGGCCGAGUAUAUCACGAAUAUAUAUUGUGGUCUUAGAAACGAUGAUUUACAAGGUAAUCAGCGCCGUACCAGUCCACUCACAGCUCGUACAUUGGAAACAUUAAUUCGAUUAAGUACCGCCCAUGCAAAAGCUCGAUUGAGUAAUGCAGUAGAGGUACGAGACGCUAAAGCUGCUGAAAAGAUCCUUCGUUACGCGCUAUUUAGGGAAGUAUAUAAACCAAAAUCAAACCGUCGUAAAAAACAGCGUAAAGAAGGAGGAGGGGGAGAAGAAGAAGGCAGUUCAGAUGAGGAAGACUUUGAUUCAGAGGAACUGGAAGGUGAUAAUGAUUUGAAUGAUGAUCCCACAUUCCAAAAUAGUCGACCAAAUGUCCCCGAGUCAGGAAGACAGACACGUUCUCAAACCCAAAACAGACAAAGUCAAGAAAGUGAAAUGGACAUUGACGAUGCCGCGUCUGCAACAAAUCAGUCAGUCGCAGCAACAGCUACCAGCGAUGGCAGUCAAUUACAUUUAGGACAGCCUUCCAAUACCCAACUUUCAUGGCCUUCUAGUCAUUCUACCCUUCCAACAACAGGCAGAGGCACCACAGCAGCUAGCGGGCUCAGUGGGAAUGUUGAUACAAGCGAAGUUACGGAAAGUAAUGCUUCCUCUUCUCAAGGCGUCGCCUUAUCGAGGGAGAAGAUGUCAAUCUUUAUGUCUCGCUUGUCUGAGUUGACCAAAACAGACGUCUUUUCAGAAGAAUGUGCGUCUCUGGAAAAUGUCUUGAAUGCAAUUAAUGGAGCUGAAGGUGAUACUUCCUUUACAAGAGACGAGGGAAUUUCUGCCUUGAAAGAAAUGGAUGCCCAAAACAAAAUCAUGUUCUCCGAAGAUAUGAUUUACCGCAUUUAAACACGUUUCCACAUUUUUCUUGUUCUUUUAAAAUGUUUAUGAAAACAAGCUGGGGAACAAGAAGACUUUGAUAAAGUCUCUGUAUACGUAUUUUAUUUCUUACAACUUUCAUUAAUUAUUUAAUAUUUCCGGCUAUUACCUUUAUUUCUUCGUUAGAGCUAUUCAGGCAUCAUAGAGCGACAAUUUACAUGUAUUUUAAUACAGCUCUUCAGAAAGGAUGGAUAUUGAACUACAAUUUUCUAAUAAUAGACAAGUAUUUAAUAGAAAAUAGGUACUUGGCGAAAUUAAAAUUUUAUUCGUUCAAGCGAAAGGUAAAGAGAACGAAUUGAAGCUUAUGAGGCAUUGCAAAUUCUGAAAGUAAAAAGAAAAGGGGGGAGGAAAUGAGAGUUAUAUCACUGAGAUACUUUCAAAAAGACUUGAAGUUGUUCACGACAGUCAGGAAAGACUGACAGAAACACAAAAGAAAGAAAACCCCAAAUUAAAUUGUUUACUCCUCUUCUUCUUCAUUAUUUAAGAAGCGAGGCUUGACAUCUUUCCAUUGCAUCUAAAAAGAGGAAGUUAGCAAAAAGACUGAACAGGUACAAAGACGAAAAAUGAAAACUUACACCAGCAUUAGCACUCUCCCACACCUUAUCCGCAAAGAUAUCAAAGCCACUAUUUAGUUAGUAAGUAUUUUAACGGAAAACUCGCUGCUUCUUUCGAAAUUACAUACAUCUUGGUGAAAAAGGCUGACGCGAAUAUAG